AUGGAGUUCAGCCUGAGCGGCAACGCCUUGAAGACCUUGGCUCGCUCCAUCACUUGCCUCUCCCGCGUCGGCACCGACCUCGCCAUCCAAGCUUCCCUUCCCAGCCAGAUUUCCUUUCACGCCCUCAAUUCAUCAAGAUCUGCUUAUCAAUUGAUAACCUUCAAGCCGGAUCUCUUUGAUGUGUUUACAGUAUCUGGCUCACAAGUUCAAUGUAGCAUUCUUUUAAAGGCUGUCUGUUCUGUCCUUAGAACGCCUAUUACAAACAUUGAUUAUUUGAGUGUGCAAUUACCAGACAUCAAUGCAUCAAAAGUUCAAUGGGCUCUGCAGUGCUUCAGCGGCAUUAAGAAAACAUACUGGAUUACUUGCAAUGUUGACCCCGACAUACAACAAUUAUCUCUGGAUAGGAGAAGAUACCCAAGCAAUUUUGUAGUGAGGCCUCGUGAUCUGAAUAGAUUGCUUGCAAAUUUUCAGUCAUCCCUUCAGGAAAUUACUAUCAUUGCAACGGAACGCAACUCUGAUCCUUCUGAUGCUGCUAGUGAAUUUGGUGGGAAAGCUGUCGAGUUUCGAAGCUACAUUGAUCCUACUAAAGAGAACGACUCUUUUCUGCACACUCAGCUGUGGAUAGAUCCUGUGGAAGAGUUUGUGCAGUACACUCAUAAUGGCAACCCAGUAGACGUGACUUUUGCUGUCAAAGAGUUGAAGGCAUUUCUUGCAUUCGGUGAGGGAUGUGAAGUGGACAUUCAUUUGUACUUUGAGAAGGCUGGCGAGCCUAUUUUGAUGGCCCCCAAAUUUGGCAUUGAUGAAGGGGCCUCUUCCAAUUUUGAUGCUACGCUUGUACUGGCCACCAUGCUUACAUCCCAAUUACAUGAAGGUACUACUGGACCUUCAGCAAAUGGAAUGCUGGGCCAGGCUGAUACUGCAGAAGCUUCUGGAGAACAGCCAGAGAGGAAUAGAACAAGUGCUUCCGAGAUUCCAUCAAAUCAUACCAGAAUAUGGUCUGAACUCUCGGGAAGUGCUGCAAGAAGUGGCAGUGGUUCUGAUGGAAGGCAAGUUCCAGAAGAAAGGAUCCUAAGAGCUGGUGGUCAGUCAGGAAUUGAAAGGAUCAGCACCAUUCAAAUAUCAAAGGCUGCAUCAGCUGAAGGAAACACCCAAACUGAUGGAAAUGGUUUUUCACAACGUCAUCCAAGUAAUUGGGUUGACACCAAUGAAGAUGAGGAUGAUGAUAACGAGGAUGGUGAUGAACUCUGUGUUCGAUCAACACCACCAUACUAUGAAGAUCAAUAACAUUAUGUUUCCUGUUUGACUAUGAUAAUCUCUGUCUCUUAGUUUUACUGCGAAGACAGCCCAUCUUGCUGUUUCUAUCAGAAAGAGAUGAUAUGAGGUGGAUUGGCCGGUGUAACAAUUCCAGAAGGACGAUGCUGAAACUUGGUUAGAGAUGAUUCGCCCUGAUGCGGGGGGUUGUAGAGAUAAUAUUAGCUCGCCUUGAUGUGAACAAGGGACAGAAGAACACUUAGAUGGUCCUUGUAGAUGAACCAAACGUCCGGCCCUUCGGAUGACUUAACCCAGAAGACUGCAUCAUAUAGCCUUCCAAGGGGCCCUUCGAUGCAUUUGUUCGAGGUACCUUAUGGAUAUUCCUGUUCUCUCUCUCUCUCUCUCUCUCUCUGCGCAUUUCCUGAUUAUUCUCAUCAUGUGCGGUUGGUGAAAAGAUGACUCCAAGAACGAAUUGACCGAUUCUCCUCCAAUCAAUUCCAUAGUCUCUAAGCCCCUCUAUUCAGUUUCAACUUU